AUGUCAGCCCCCGAGCAGCGACUUCUUCGACAAAUGUGUAGCAGGGCAGAGACAAGUGCUCAGGCAGCUGCCUUGAUACAGCGCGCCCGACUUCAGACAACCCCUGGUUCUGGUCAUACGCUAGGAUCACUGAGCAGCGGUCUACCUGCUAUCUGCGCUUAUAUCGCAUCCACUCGGCUGAACAAUGGGGAUGUCACGAAGCAGGACGCUCAGCUUGCCUCUUGCCUUCAACCAAGCGACUUCGAGAAAGCGCUUGGUAUCAUCGAAUCCGCCAUUGGUGCACCCAGGCCGUUGAAAAAUACGAGGAACUCCACUGGGAUCACCUACGAAAGUCUUUUCCGAGUGUACAGUAUCUCGGAGUCUCCAACAAUGCUUCGCAUCAUGCACAAGGUUGAGCAGAUCGUUAUAAAGUACGCGCCUGAUACCUCAAGGCGAGUGAUUAUUUGCACCAUCUUCUUCUGGACAUGUAAAGUACUUAAAAUCUCGAGUUUCACCAUCCAAUCGGCUGAAUUCCUGGAAAAGAAUGAGAUCGACUAUGACAGCUAUGCCUAUAUAAUCAACAUCCUCAAAACAAGAUGCAGAGACCUGAAAGCCGAUCUCGAAGACGAGUGGGCAGCGAUGCAAAGACUCCAGGCCAGCUCAUCUAGAUCCCCAGCCAAGCCGACACAAGUUUCGUUGUCUCCGACGAAAUCCCCGUCGAAGAAGAAAGCUCUCCGAGAGCUCCCAUCGAGAGACACCAAGAAACACGAAGUAGCCCUCUUUCCAGCCGCAGAAACCGUUGCGCCAUCCACUCCCACUUCACCAGCGAAGCGGAGGAAAUUGGACCCUCCCGUUCGGUCUGAAACCGCCGCUGAGCCAUCCGCCUCUGACGUGCCCGUCGACCCACCCACGCCAUCCACUCGAUCAAUUACGAUUCGCCGACAGCCAGCUAUUGCACCUCCGCCAGCUACUACAUCACAAGAUGUUGUCACAAUCUCGACACCCCGUCGCCAGCGGUCGUACGUAUCGGUCUCCCCAUCGAAAAAGUCUCGUGGUAAGGAGCCAGAAGUCGACGUCGUAGACACUUCUGCGAUGGAUGUUGAUGAAGACGCGGAAUCCUCUUCACCCAGCGACGAUGGCAACGUUUUGGUAUCACGUAGAUUCCGACCCGUCUUCUUGGAUCAUAAACAAUGGUACCGGCGAGAUCCCCGUAUGGCUCGUAUUUGGCGAACCGCUGAAGCGCACAAAGAAGCCAUGACAAAACUCUAUGGGCACCCUUUCGAGGAAUAUAGGCCCCAGGCUGCCCUCUCUCCCUGA